ACCAUGAUACAGAAUUCCUUGCGACACCUGAACCAACUAAAUAAAGCACCAUAGUCGAGUUAUCAAUUGGUGGGAAAGCACUAGUCAACCUUCUGUUGCUCAUGUACUAUCACGCGACGCUAGUUGAGAGUUAUCUUGGUCAUUUCCAGGCCGAGCUUUAAGGACACCGGUUUCAUUAUAUCUCCACACUUGACUAUAUUCACGUUCACUAUCUCCUGCUGUACCGACAUGAUUUCAGGGGACCUUUAUGCGAUCUCUGCUAACUGGCUCAAAAGCCUAGAGGUUGCGUCGUCCACCGGAGAUUCUACUUCAUUUGUGAGCCAUUUCCUUUCGGAUGGGUGGUUCAGAGAUCUUCUAUGUUUUUCUUGGAAUUUUAGGACGCUAUCAGGUUCGGAAAAAAUACACGGAUUUCUCUCGGAGGUGGUUGAUGGAAAGCCGCGACUUGAGCAUUCUGGUCUUCGUGACUUCGAGCUGGACGAUCAGACCGCCAAUGCGCCUUCACCAUUCAAACUGCUAGGUCCGCAAGGCAUUGAGGGAGUACAAGGUGCUUUCACAUUUACCAUUACGAAACCGGCUGCAUUCGGACGAGGUUUCUUCCGUCUGACACAAGAUGCCGAUGGGAAGUGGAAGGCCUUAACUUUUUUCACAAACAUGCAGGAACUUGUCGGGCACGAGGAGUCUUCCGCAAAUCAACAUGGCCUAUAUGAGGGUCGCAAAAUGACCUGGGAGGAGGAUGUUGACGCAAAAUUCCGUGCUAUAGAGGCGGACCCCACUGUUUUGAUCGUUGGUGGUGGACAAGCCGGCCUUACGUCUGCAGCGCGGCUGCGUAGGUUGGGUAUCCGUGCGCUCGUGAUUGAGAAAAAUUCGCAUGUCGGAGACUCUUGGCGACACCGGUACCCGAACCUUACCCUGCAUACUCCCGCAUAUCAAAGCUCCAUGCUUUACAGUCCCUAUCCGACAACCUUCCCCAAGUACAUUCCGAAGGGGAAACUUGCCAAUUUCCUGGAUUCAUAUGCUGUGAACCAGGAAUUGUGUAUCUGGCUCUCGAGUACCAUAGCAUCAACUCCAGUGUACGAUUCAUCAUCCGCAAGAUGGACUGUGGAGGUCCAGCGUGGAGAUCGGAAAGUAUUCCUUAACCCGAAGCACCUGGUGCUUGCCACAGGAAGCGGAAGCCCUCGUAUCCCUACUUGGAAUGGAAUGGAUGAAUUUCAGGGAGCCUUGUAUCAUUCCGACUUCCAUACAAAUGCAGAGCAAUUCCGGGGCAAACGCGUUGUCGUUGUGGGUGCGGGAAAUGCUGGUGGAGACAUAUGUCAAGAUUUUGUAGCGCAUGAUGCCGCUGAGGUAACAAUGGUUCAAAGAAGCGCUACAUGCAUUAUAUCCUCCAGUGCUGCAGAACAAACACACUUCAACUUGCCUUUCCCUGAUGGUACCCCUAUCGAGGAACUGGAUUUCCGCAAUAAUUCAAUGCCAUUGGCCUUCCUUCUGCAGCUGAUAAAAUCAGGUGGGAUCCAACACGUGAAGAUGUUGGACAAGGAACUCCACGACGGUUUGCGCAAGGUCGGAUUCAACUUAACUUGGGAACUUUCGCCCGGUAGUGGUGAGGUUGGGCUAGAAGGAUUUUUGUUCGGGCGCCAGGCAUCAGGGACUAUGCUUGACAUUGGGUGUGGUAAGCUAAUUGUCGAAGGCAGAGUCAAGAUAAAGCAAGGCCAAGACAUCAGUCACUUCGACAAAGAUGGGAUCACGUUUAAAGAUGGUUCCAAGCUCUCAGCAGAUGUUAUCGUCCUUGCUACGGGAAAUGAACCCGUCAUGAAGACUACGAGAGCCCUUCUUGGCAACGAAAUCACCGAACAACUUCCGCCUGAGGUGAUGGGCCUCGACUCAGAAGGAGAACUUAAUCAGACAUAUCGACCCUCUGGACAUCCGGGACUUUGGUUUGCUACCGGUGGAUUUGUGAUCUCGCGUUUCUUCAGUAAACAUCUGGGUCUCCAGAUCUUGGCAAGAGAGCUCUGUAUAGCAUGACAAAAGGGGCAUUGCUGUUAUACGUGAUAAUUUGAUAUUGCAAGGCAGAAUUACAGAUACCAACAUUAUGACUACCAUGGAACAAUGAAAAAAGACCAACUAUGCAGAACAAGAGCUCGCUCUGCCAAUCUGUUGCAUAUUUCAUUCUGGCGACUGAUGCAAGGUCAUUUUGAUAACACCUUCUCCAGCUUUUAUCUUACUGGCUGCGCACGUCGACAGUCGAAAGGAAGCUGGGUCAGAAUUGUCCAUAGCUGGCGGGUCUCCAGCCAAUUCAAUAAAAAGUGAAAAUAGGCCAAGUCAGGGACAAGUAUCCAGGGUUCACUCUGUACAAUGAACGAUUAUCUUCAUUCUAUCAGAGUUUCACUGAUCCCAGCGGCCCGCACCGUGACUCUAACGAUUAUAGAUCUGACUAAGGGAGACUAGUAAGCAC